CGGGCGCGGGGAUGCUCCGGGUACCGGCAGCGCUGUCCCGGCAGUGCCCCCCCGGUGCCGGAGCCCUCGCGAAGGGCUGGCACUUGGUGACACCGGCACGCACACGCUGCCAUCCAAAGGCAUCGCGCUCCUCUCCUAUUGGCUGUGGAUGCUCCUCGGCGGCCGGGCCAGGCGGGCGCCGGAAGCGGAAGUUUCCGGGGCAGCCGCGGCGGGAGGGAUGAAACCGGCUCCGGGGCGACGGUGGCGGCUCCCGGGACUGCCCGUGCUGCUGCUGCUGUUCCUGCCCUUCCCGCUCCUGAUAGCUGCAGGCACCAAGGAUCCCAUCAUCCCGCUCCAGGAGGGCCACACGUCCCACCACCAUGAAUCCCAGCGCUUCUGCUACACCAACACCCGCGUCCCGCGGUGGAACGACAUCUGGACGAGGACACAGAUCCGCGUCACCAGCAGCCGGAUGAUCCGCGUCACCCAGGUGGACAGCGAGGAGGAGCUGGAGAAGUUCAGCGUGUGGAAUGUGCUGUUCUCCUUCCUGAGGGGGAAGCUCAACGACACCAGCAUCGAUGUGGAUCUCUACAGCAACAAAACCUGCCUCAAGGUCGAGCUGCUGGAGCCCGGCACCACCUACUCCGUCGUCCUCUUCCGACGCUUUGAUCCUAAGCUGUUCCUUGUUUUCUUCCUGGGCCUGCUGUUGUUUUUCUGUGGGGAUUCCCUGAGCAGGAGCCAGAUCUUCUACUACUCAGCUGGGAUCAGUGUUGGCUUGCUGGCCUCGCUGCUCGUCCUCGUCUACAUGAUGUCCAAGGUCAUGCCCAAAAAAAGCCCUGUGUACUUCCUGCUGGUUGGAGGUUGGUCCUUCUCCCUGUACCUGCUUCAGCUGAUCUUCAAGAACCUGCAGGAGAUCUGCAAAUCCUACUGGCAGUACCUGUUAGGUUACCUGCUGCUGGUGGGCCUCCUGAGCUUCGCCGUGUGCUACAGGUACGGCCCCUUGGAGAACGAGCGCAGCAUCAACCUCCUGUCCUGGGCCCUGCAGCUGCUGGGGCUGCUGCUGAUGUACUCGGGCAUCCAGAUCCACCCCAUCGCCCUGGGGCUGGUGCUCAUCGCUGUCUGCACCAAGAACCUGGACUACCCCUUGCACUGGGCCUUCGCUGCCUACCGGAGGGUGCAGAAUUCCAGGCUGGGCCCGAGCCCUCCUCGGCUGCUGACGGAGGAGGAAUUUCGGCUCCAGGGUGAGGUGGAGACCCGCAAGGCCCUGGCAGAGCUGCGGAGCUCCUGCCAGAGCCCCGAAUUCUCUGCCUGGAGCACGGUGUCCCGCAUCCAGUCUCCCAAAAGGUUUGCUGAUUUUGUGGGUGGUGCUUCUCACGUCACCCCCAACGAGGUGUCUGCCCACGAGCGGGAGUUUGGCCUGGGAAGUCUCUUAAACGAGCAGCUCUUCGAGGAGGAUGAUGAUGAUGACGAUGAAGAUGAUGAAGAGGAGGAGGAAAACAUCAAUGGCUUCUCUGUUGGGAAUCACAGGAGUGAGUCCCUGUCCCACAAGCAUCUGGAUGUCCAGUGAGCUCCUGCCUGAGGUGUGAAGGCUGCUGUCAGCACAGCUCUGGCUGUUGUGGGGCCGGGAUGCAUGGGAGCCUCCCCAGUCUUGGAGGUCACCUGGUCCUGGAUGCAGCCUGGACCCAGCCCAACUUUUGCAGUGGACUUUUGUGAGCUCCCAGGGUGGCACCCCCGGGGCAGGGACCCUCUCCCAAACCUGGGUGCUUCUCUGGCUCCAUGCCACAGCUGUGGGCUGCAGACAGGAGCCCCAUUCCCCUCACUGGGCACUGGACAGCCUGGGGUGGGGAUGGACCUUCCCCUCCAUCCCCUGUGCAGGUGCCUGAGGGUGACACACGAGAGGAACUUUGGACCUGUCCCGCUGGUACCUGUGUGCUCAGCACCUGCCUGGAGCCGUGGUGAGGGAGCUGCCAGUGACCUCCUCCUCCUCCUCCUCCUGUUACAAAUGUCACGCAGCUCCAGCUGGUCGGGCCACACCUCUGCCUUGGCUUCAAUCCCGUGUGGAUACCAACAACUCCAGCACCUCCCCGGUGGAGCUGUGGAGCCUCGGGGUCUGCUGGCUGCCCCUGGAUGUGGUGUUGGGGUAGAGGCCAUGCUCAGCCCCCUCUCCUCAUGCCAGAGCUGAGGAUGAGUGUGGAUGUGCUUCCUCCCUGCCUCGCUGCCCUUCUGCUGUUCUCCUCUCCCGGUGGGUGCGGGCGGGGAUUGGGGGUGACCCUACUGAUGUUCCAGCUCCCAGUGCUGGCUGGGGAGCUCUGCCAAAGCACAAAGCUGGAGGGGACGCCCCAAUCUAUGCAACUUCCUAAGCAAUAGCGCUGCCCUCAGCUCCUCAGCUGCCCUGGGGACCCCCAACCCAGCCCCUACCUCACCUGGAGCUUCUGCCAUCAGUUUGUUCCAGUCCCAGGUCUGUCCCUGUCCCAGGUUUGCUCUCCAGCCCUCGCUGUGCUUUCCUCCCUCAGACUCUGUUACUCUGUCCCCCCCACCCUCAGCGUGGUGAAUGACUGAUUGUAUUUUUAAUAAAGAUGUAUUUUUUAG